AAUAAUAAUAAAUAAUAAUGUCGCGUCUACGAAAACAAUAUUUCGGUCGCGGUUUGGUGGAUUGCGACGGGCGGCGAAACCAGUUUCCCCCCCUCGUUCCGCUUGCACGACAUUACGUUUUAUUCUCUUUACUAUAUUAUCCGAUCGCAAUCGUCGGCCGCGAAAAUCACUCCUUCUUAAAAUAGGUUUUAAUUCCAAAACGACGUAUGAUAAAAGUGUAACGACGUCGUGUCACCCGGUAUCGAUCGAGAGAGCAGAAAAAAUUUUGAAAACCGACACGACGACCGACCGUUUCCGACCCAACCCAAAAGAAGACCGGCCCCGUAUCAUUUCGAUGUUUAUGACGUUAUGAUAUAUUAUGUUAACCGCGCGCUCGCGCGCGUGUGUGUGUAAAUAAUCGACGGUCGUGUAUUCAUUAUUAUUUUUUUUCCUCUUGACGGGCGGCGGCGGCGGCAGCGCGCCACACACACAAACACAUAAUAUACACUGUGCUCUGCCGCGGAACCAGCGACCGAGACGAGUAGGAGAGGUACACGCACAAAACGGGCGCUCGACGAGCACUCGCCCGCCCCCGUCGGCACUGGCGUCAGUACGGCCGCAGAGCGCGUGGGUGCCGGUUCGGUGUGUUUUGCGUUCUGUUCUUAAUUUUAUAUUUUUUUCGAUUUUUUGGCGGUCCGUUUCCCUCCUCCCCCGUCACACGACCCAGGAACCGACAUGUCGUCCGUCAUCAACGUGCGGCUCAACGAAAAGAUGACGUUACAGUUCGUUGAGCUGUACCGGGACCAGCGGGUGCUCUGGGACAAGGAACACGAAGCGUACAACAAACGGACGGAGAGGUUGCGGGCGUACCGACGGAUCGCCGAGGCCAUGUCCGUCGAGGGACUGGGCGUGCCCGAGGUGGCCAGCAAGAUCAAGAACAUCCGUUCCACGUACUUGCAGGAGCUGAAGAAGAUCAAAGACUCGGCGCAGCGGCACCUGGUCCAGUCCGAGGAAGAAGUCGCCUCGUCGCCGUACGUGCCCAAACUGCUCUGGUUCUCCAUAUUGGACUCGAUGAUCGGCGGCGCGGCCGUUAAACGCCUGUACUCGUCACCGUCCACCGCCGACAUGCUAUCCAUAGAUUACGCAGACGAAAGCAGCUGCCCCGCAGGUUCCAAUAAUUACAGCACCCCAUACGACUACAACUCUUCGUAUGCCAGUGACUCGGCCGACCCUGCAGUCAAAAGAGAGAGACCGUCGUCUUCGUCAUCGAUGGUGGAUGAAGUGCCACCGGCCAAGAGGCUGAUGUACGAACGACAGCAAUCGUCCACUGAGCUCUUCUCCAGAUACAUUGCCACCUCGCUGGAAGCACUGCCGCCGCGGCUGUCAGUGUGGGCACAAAAAGAAGUACACGACGUCCUGGUCAAGUACAAAUUUAUGGAAUUAGACCAACUAGACAAAAUUGACCAACAGCGUUGACGACGACAGUCAAUCAUACUAAUAAGUAUACGCAGCUUAGAAAUAAAAUCGUCCCGAAUGUAACUAUACGAAUUUUGUUAUUUUCCUACCGGCUCGUAAUCAACGACGGAUCAUCGAUUUUCCUCCAUUUCAGUGCAAAACGGCGAAGGGCUAGCGUGUAAAAUGUUCUUUAGAAUGUAAACAAUAAACCUUUCUAUACGGCGCGUCUCAUGUUUAGCCGUUUUCGGCGCGCACAUCGAAAGUCCCGAACACAUUAUUAUAAUAGGUAUUGCGCACCUACUUAUACCAUACAUGGCGGCCUGCCUGCCAGGUGUUCAGAAAAUAUUAACAAUAAUUUUAAACCGUCUACUAUUGGGAACAAACGGUUUAAUUCAGCGUUGAGAGAACAUAUAUUGCGGGUACGUAUACCUACUAUUAUUUUAUAAUGUUUGUAGUGGAUAAUAUUUUUAUUUGUUAUCCUUUUAUUUGUCGUUCGUACAAUACCUAUUCGCUUGGCAUUUCGAUUCCCUUAAAAUGGAUAAAUAUAAAGAUUGCUCGAACCGUCGCUGUCUUCGAAUUCUAUCGUGCACAGUUCUAUAUAGUAGAGCUGCUGGGUAUUUGAAGAAUUUUUCACCAUGAAAUGUUUUUUUUACCAUACAUCCUAACCCGAGUAGAGGGGCGACUUGAGGCGACGCUAAAAAUAUCCAUUAUUACGCAAAUUGGCCGCCGCGCCGACUUCAAAGCGAACGUUUUCGAAUCGAUAGGGACCGUAAUCUCGCGGCGCUGAAUCUGCGCGUUAUCGACUAGAGACCCCUACAACUCAUCCACUCUCCCUACUACCUUAGGACGAAUUUUGUUUUGUAUGAAAUCGGACCGGCGCCGAACGGCGAGGGAGAACGAUAUUUUUUAUUGUUGUCAUCACUCAUCAAUCGCGGCGUAUACUUAGCACUUAAGUAAAGGUAAAAAUCAAUUGUUUUUUUUUUUUUAUCAUGGUAUAUAGUGUAUUAUAAAAUGUUUGUAAAUAAUAUAUUUUAUGACUGAAUGUAUUUUUAUUGACGGUUCAUCAUCGGACUUUAAAAAUCGAGACAUUGUUUAUUAAUAUUAUUUUAAUUUGAUAUAAGUACCCAACAUGUACAUUAUCUAUUGUAUUAAACAUAAUAUAAUAUAUUAUAUUAACAUA